AUGGCUAAUGAUGAAUAUGACUUCCUCUUCAAAGGUAAUGUUGCCACUUUCCCCGCGCAGUCGCCGCAACUAUUCAUCCCUUUCCGCUACGUGGUGCUUAUCGGUGACUCCGGUGUUGGCAAGUCUAACCUUUUGAGUCGUUUCACCCGCAACGAAUUCAACCUGGACUCCAAGUCUACCAUCGGUGUCGAAUUCGCAACUCGUUCUAUCCAGGUCGACUCCAAGACGAUCAAGGCACAGAUCUGGGAUACUGCCGGUCAGGAACGUUAUCGUGCCAUCACAUCUGCCUACUAUCGCGGUGCUGUUGGUGCCCUUCUUGUAUACGAUAUCAGCAAACACCAGACCUAUGAUAAUGUCAACCGGUGGUUGAAGGAACUCCGCGACCAUGCUGACUCCAAUAUUGUCAUCAUGCUUGUCGGAAACAAGAGUGAUUUGAGACAUCUUCGCGCUGUGCCCACAGAUGAGGCCAAGCAGUUUGCCAGCGAGAACAACCUCUCUUUUAUUGAGACAUCUGCCCUUGAUGCAAGCAACGUUGAGCUUGCUUUCCAGAACAUCCUGACAGAAAUCUACCGCAUUGUCUCCAGCAAGGCUAUUAUUGAGGGAGGUGACUCUGGGCAGGCUACUCUGAGCAGCGGACGCACGAUCGAAGUCAGCAAGACACCGGAUACUGAGUCGAAGCAGGGUUGCUGUUAA